AUGGUUUGGGAUCUUCUCCAGGGGCAGAGUUUAUUCCAGCAAGUAAACCCGCACUCUUACUCUGCAGUACAACACCUAGCAGAUAUGAUCGCACUACUCGGCCCCGUACCAGCUGUACUAAUCCAGCGCGAGAGAGAUAUGCGGCACUGGCGAUGGAGUCCUGAAGCGCUAAACCCUGAAGGUAGAUUGUGCAACAAUGCUGCAGAAUUUUAUGGUGGUCCUUUUUUUGAUGAUAAUGGUACAUUUGUACGUCAAGAUUUGAUACCUUGUACGCGGAGUUGGAGGAGCGAGAUGCCCGCGUGUAUCCCGGAGGAGGAAGCGGAUCGUUUCUUCAAGUUCAUGAAGAGGAUGCUUUGCUGGCUCCCGGAGGAUCGGGCGACGGCCAGGGAGUUAAAGAACGAUCCGUGGUUCGACCGUAUCAUGUGA